AUGCCCAACUUACCCCCCCUCGCACCCUUCCCUAAGGCCGCAUGGCGACAACACCUCUCCUCCAGCGAGUGGGACUCCCUCCUCGCCGCCUGGAUUGCCCUCUGCCACGCCUGGCUGGCGCUUUCUGAUACGGACCUGAAGGCCGCCGUCUCCAAGGAUGAGUCCGUGGCCGCCUUUCUGGCCUCCUUCGCCGAGGAGACGGCUGAAGCUGGCACCGCUUCCUUGGGCUCGCACUCGACGUUGCUGAUGAUAGCCGUCUUUCAACUCACAUCUCGCAUCCUCACCGCCUCUCCUCCGCCUCAGCCUCAGCCUCAACUCCUCGCGUUUCCAUUCCUCGCCGACCUGGCCAAGAUCUAUCCCCGGAGAGUCACCGCGCCGCUCAUCUCCCAGCUCUUCAGCCAACACUCCACCAUCCUUGGAUCCUCCCUCACCUCUCUCAAGAAGCUUCUCAUUCCCCAUCUCGACUCUGGAAUCAAGGGUGACCUGAACCUCGUCGAGUCGCAACUCACCCGCCUCAACCAUUUGCUCCACGUCUCCCCUGAUGCCUGCACACUCGCCCUCGCCGGCUCCGACUUCUUCGACGGCCUUGUCACCUGCUUCCGCGUCAUGAACCCGCCUUUGCGCAAAGUCAUUGUCACCACGACAUAUUUGUGCCUAGUGGGACUGGUAGACGCUGAACCCCCCAAAUGGGCCAUGCUGAAUGAUGAGUUGUAUGCCUUAAAAUCGGCUGCCGACGCCCACAAGACUGGUCCUCUCAAUGUCAACGACUCACUCGUUCCGGAGCUAGUCACAAGUACACCCUUACUCAAAUUACUGCAGAGAAGGGCAGAGGAUUCAGGUGCUGCAACGGAAAACUUGAAGAACCGGAUCACUGCACUGGAGAGUUUUAAGAAGGGAGCCAUGGUGCGGCCGAAGAGACUCGUGCGGAGGAAGAUAGACAAGGGCAAGGGCAAGAACAAGGAGACUCAACAUGAUCUGGAAGCGGAAAUUCACGUCCAUCGAAUGAGCCAGAUCACACAAGUACAGGAUCUAUUUCCUGAUUUGGGAGCUGGUUUCGUGGCAAAGUGUCUGGACGAAUACGGAGAUGACGUUGAACAAGUCGUUGCGAAUCUGCUCAGUGAGACUCUACCACCUCAUCUCGCCAACGCAGAUCGCACAGAGCUCCUAUCAUUACAUGCUGGACCAAGGCGACACACAGAUUUGGCACCUCGUCCAACCCCACCGCAUAUCCCGACUCGCCAUAACGUUUUCGACGAUGAUGAGCUCGACCGGCUUGCACUCGAUACCUCUAAAUUAUCAUUUGGCAAAAAUCCCACCCAAACUGCUGAUGACAUCCUCAAGGAUAAAUCAACUGCCCCCAACAAGGCCGCCAUUCUAUCUGCUCUCGCCGCAUUUGACUCGGAUGAUGACGAGCGUGACGAUACGUACGACGCCGCCGAUGUGGGCGGUACAGUUGAUGCCGCCAACAACGAGGCAGACGGUGUAAAUGAUGGCAAUGAGGAGGUGUUGUUCCGGGCAUUCCAGAUGGAUGCAAAGGUGUUUGAUCGCGAUGCCACUACCAGGAGGGGAGGUCCUCGAACGAAGCUGAGGGAGGAGACUGGCAUGACGGACGAGACCAUUGAAGGAUGGGCAGUCAUGCUAACGAGAAACCCACAACAAAAACGAAGAUUAGAAGCGAAGUACGCAUUCAGCGGUCAGCAAACACAACUGGAGGCGACCUCAUGGAAACCUUCACCAGAUCAAGAUAGUGAAGCCGACGGUGGUUCAUCCAGGGGUGGAAGAGGAGGUGGCCGUGGCCGAGGGCGGGGUCGUGGUCGCGGAAGAGGAGGCAAUGUCGCCGGACCGACUGGUGAGAAAGAGACCGAGGCUGCCAGGCGGAACAAGGAGUCUAACAAGGGCUCGCGAGCGAACCACAACCGUCGCGAUGCUCGUGCGAAGAAGAUGGCUCGCGGAGGUUUCCCUGGUUGA